AUGGUGGCAUCAGCAAGGUUCCAUUCUGGGUUUCGGCUGCUCAAAGGAGCGGCGCUCUUCUGCGCCGUGCUCAUGGCUGCAACCGCCCAAGCCGAGCAAGUGAUAAACACGGCUGCAGGUGGCUCAUCGGUCGACACAAUCAGCCUGCUGACUAGCAGCCAGAUGGAGGCGAUCCAGGACUCCAGAAUUGGAGCCCUGGAAACGAAUGUCACAAGUAUUCAGCUCAAGCUGACCGGCCUGCAGGCAGUCGUCAACCAAUUGGUUCUUCUGGUGACCAAUGGCACCGGCGCCUUCAGUGCAGGGUCGAAAGCAGGUCCGACUGGCCCUGCAGGGCCCCCAGGCACCCCAGGUCUUGGUGGCGCUACUGGAGCACCUGGGCUCUUUGUGACAGGUCCCCCCGGCCCCGCCGGUCCCCCCGGCCCACCAGCGGAGUAUUGCAGCAAUCCAAGCAAUGCCGACGGCGCAUUGUUCAACCUGACUCGCUUUCCAACCGACCUCUCGGUGCUAUUCAACGAUACCACGCUGGACACGCUCUGCUACGUGUCAACGACCAACAGUGCGAGCGUCUUUGGCAGCUACUUUGCGCCUCCUACCAGCAACCCCGAUAGAUCAUGCUGCAAGUGCAACGCGCCGGCUGAGCGGGAUGAUGCACCGAAUGCAUGCACCCCGCUCAACCCCUACUGCUUCAAGCAGGGUCUCAACGGGGGCAUGUGCUACUCGGGCACGUCUCGCCCAGUCGCAGGCGAUCUGAUUGGAACUCUGUACCAGUACCCGGGCGACAAAACCAAGAACCAGAUGAUCUGCGGCUGCAUGAAUUGA